UCUGACGUCGCACGGCACAGACGUGCGCGUUAAUUUAACGUAUUAAUUUAUUGUUAUAAAGAAUAAAGUGAUGUGAUAGUUUAAACGUUGAAGUGCAAGUGAAGUGUACGCAAAGGAUUUCAGUUUGGAUGUUAUUUGUGAGAGUGAAUCUCUUCUGGAUUUUAAUACCGUUGUGCCUCGCUCCGGUGGUUCUGUUAAUAACCUGUGGAUCUAUAGUCGAUAUCCCGAUCAAUGUAAUGGAACUAUCAUAAAUCAGUGCUAAAUUUAAAAACAUUAUCGAAUGGAAAACAGUUGUGUUAAUUUAGAUUAUGCUCUCUAAUUAAAAUGGAGAGGAAAUUAACUCGAGAAGAUUUUAUGCGUAAAAGUUUCCGUGCACAUAGAGCUGCGCAGAGCCCCGAGACUCAGGGUAACGGCCCCCAGCCACCCCUCGUCUCCCUAGCCAUGCUGGAACGCACCCCACAACCGUCCAGAGCGCAGUACGAGGUCACAGCUACAGGCAUAGCGCCCAAACGCCUAGAAAUAAACAGAACACAUCCAAUACAUCUCAAAUCGUUCCAAACACCGGACCCCCCGGACGAAAAUGGACCGACACCGCCAUCUGACGAUGUACUACGUAAACUGGAACGACAAAUCGGUGAAAUGGAACGUGGUUUAGAACGUGCACAGAAUGGUAAUGUAUCUGUAGAUGAGAGAGUGAGAUAUGCGGAACAUGAGAACUUAUUACGUACUGGGGUGUCUUCAGUCGGUGGUGGGGGAUAUCUACCAACGGAUUCGGAUACGGAACAUGAUGCGGUACCGUUCAAUAGAAACGAAACAACUCGCAGUAGCACUGGUGCGACAGCACCAGCAACUCGACCGGCCACUCGCCUAGCGAGGACUCAUUCGGAUACUCAACAGCACAAUGUAGCAGCUACUGCUCGUCUGAUGAGGAAGCUAGCUGACGGUGGAACUAAAGAUGAGAAGAGUAAGGUGAUAUCUCGUAAAGCCAUACAGGCGCGUAUGGAACGCGUGAAGAAUUCUGUGGUCGGUACUAAGCACGAACAUCGAGUGCUCGCAGAACAUAAGGCCGAGCCUCCAGCGCGUACGCCAACGUCGCCCGUCUCCCCCAGAUCUUCUGUACAGAGCGCGUCGGAGUCGUCGGCGGGUGCGGGGGGCGGCGGGUCGGGGGGUAGUGCUCGGGUCUCCUCUCGCUCCCGCACAUCAGAGGAGCCACAUAUUGGCAAGUACAAAUUAUUGAAGACGAUUGGUAAGGGUAAUUUCGCGAAGGUGAAACUGGCUAAACAUGUGCCCACCGGUAAGGAAGUGGCCAUCAAGAUCAUCGACAAGACCCAGCUCAAUCCCGGCUCGUUGCAGAAGUUGUUUAGAGAGGUACGGAUAAUGAAAAUGUUGGACCACCCGAAUAUUGUGAAACUUUUCCAAGUAAUAGAAACAGAAAAGACCCUUUAUCUCGUAAUGGAGUACGCGUCUGGCGGAGAGGUGUUCGACUACCUGGUGCUGCAUGGACGUAUGAAGGAGAAGGAAGCGAGGGCGAAGUUCCGUCAGAUUGUCUCCGCGGUGCAGUACUGCCAUCAGAAAAGGAUCAUACACAGAGAUCUCAAGGCUGAAAAUCUUCUAUUAGACGGUGAGAUGAAUAUAAAGAUAGCAGACUUUGGAUUCUCCAAUGAAUUCACUCCGGGAUCUAAGUUGGAUACAUUCUGUGGCAGCCCUCCUUACGCCGCCCCUGAACUGUUUCAAGGCAAGAAGUACGACGGUCCGGAGGUGGACGUGUGGUCUCUGGGUGUGAUCCUGUACACGCUGGUGUCGGGCUCGCUGCCAUUCGACGGGUCCACACUGCGCGAGCUGCGCGAGAGGGUGCUCCGGGGAAAGUACAGAAUACCAUUCUACAUGUCCACGGAUUGUGAAAAUCUACUGAAGAAGUUUUUGGUACUGAACCCGGCGAAGCGCGCCUCCUUAGAGAAUAUAAUGCGGGACAAGUGGAUGAACACCGGAUAUGAAGAUGACGAGCUCAGGCCGUACGUCGAGCCGCAGCAGGAUUUCAAAGAUCAUAAGCGGAUAGAGGCGCUUGUGUGCUUGGGCUACAAUAGACAAGAGAUUGAGUUCUCUUUGGCUGAGGCGAAAUAUGACGACGUGUUUGCGACGUAUUUGUUGCUGGGAAGAAAAAGUACUGAUCCGGAGUCUGACGGCAGUAGGUCGGGCUCGUCUCUGUCUCUGCGCAAUGCAGCCGCGCCACAGACACAGCCGCAGCAAGCCAACGCGCACUCAGGCGCGUGCGGGUCGCCGUCGCACCGCGGCGUGCAGCGCAGUAUCUCUGCCUCCGCGCGCCCCGCCGCCUCGCGCCGCGCCUCCUCCGGCGCCGAGGUGCUGCGUGCACAAGUUGGCACAACUACGAGCGCCGCAAACAAUACAACAUCAACUGCUACAACCACCACUUCUAACUUCAAAAGACAGAACACAAUCGAUUCGGCAUCAAUCAAAGAGAACACAGCGCGGAUUGCUCAAAUGCAGGUACAGAACACGACACGACCGAGCAGCGCGCAGCCCAAGCUGGAGCCGCGGUCGCGCACUCUGACAGGCGGACAGCGCCGCACUCCGCUCGAGCCGGCCGCGCCGCACGCGCAGCACGCACCGCACGCGCCGCACUCGCAGCAUCCCACACCCGUCAAACUCUCCCCGCCCAAUGACACGCCCAGCUUGAACUCGAGCCUGUCCAGUGGCGGUACAGGCGCGGGCGCGACCGCACGCCGAGAGUUCCCCAACCCGCUCGUGUUCCCCAGGAAUGUGCCCUCUCGCUCCACCUUCCACUCAGGUCAAACACGAUCUCGCGGGUCGAGCGCGGGCGGGGCGUACGGUGACGGCGGCUCCCCGCACCAGGCGCGCCCCUCCUUCUUCUCCAAACUCUCCUCGCGCUUCUCCAAACGGUUAAAUCAGAAUCCGUGAUCGAAGACUUGGACCGCUCGAGAGAAACAAGAAGGAUUAGGUUAAUAUAUCGAAAUAGGCAAUAAAUGUGCAAAUCAAAAUGUUAUUGCUUCAUACAAACAUUUAUCUUCACAAUUUUGGACAAUAGAUUGUUUAAUUCUAUUCAGGGUAUUCAUUGUUACAAAGUUUUUUCGUAACUAAAAAAAAAUCAGAUUUUAUUUAAUCGCAAUGCCUCUUUUUUUGUUCCUUCGAUCCGCUGAAUAGAGAAUCGUAAAGUACUAAUUUUUAUUUAACAAAGAAUUGAAUUAUUUUAUAAAUAAGCGUAAGCGGUCAAUUAAGACCGAUAUCAUUUACUUACAUUUUUUUAUUAUUUUUUUUAUAGCGCGGCGACAUAUCUGUAUACAUGUUGUUUCUGAAAUAAAACGUUUGAGAUAUCCGAACAUGUUAAAAUUGGAUUGUUCAAUCUAGAUUGUCCCAUGUGUACAAUUUGGAUUGUUCCAUUUCAAUUGAGGUUUAUGAACGUGUACAAUUUGUAUUGAUGGAAAGAACGAUGUGCAGAGAACUAGUCCCGCCGCGUGACGUCACGCAUUUCAUAUUAGAUUGUAAGAUGUUCGAAAUGAUUGUUUUCGAACGACAUUUGUUACAUUCCACUUUUCAUGUUUAUUUUCUGUUUGUUUCUAAUGCAAAUUUAGCACAAAAUCGUUCAUAAAAUUUUUAUAUAAUAAAUCUUAUCAUUAACUAAAAUAGCCUAGCUCUGGAAAGUGAAUUCAAUAUCUCGAAAUUCCUUACAUAAUUUUACGAUUUUUUAUACAUAUUUAGUUACUUACUUCAUCAAAUUUACCGGAAAAGAGGUAGUCAAACGCAAUGCGUUUAACUUCAACCUUAACAUCUGUGUGAAUUUACAAAAAGCUCAGUUUUGAGUCAAACUCUUUGAAAGUUCGAAAAGAACUUCUUUAGAGUGGCUCUGUAACUUUAUAUAGGAACUAAUUUGGCUUUUUAUUUAAUAAAUUCUAGCCUUGAAAUUUUAAUGACAUAUUACUACGCAUGUAACAUAACACGACAGGCGACCGGAAUAAUUUUUUCCUUUAUCGUCGUGAUGUCAUGGUUAAAAUAUCGUGUUUUUUAAUUCAAAAGUUAACGAUACUAAUUGAGUUAUUAAAAGUCUGUAAUAAUAAAAGAUUAAGCGGUUAUGUGAGGAAACUUUGUGAUAUUGUUUGCAAUAUAUUUAUGUAUCUACGAGUCAUUGGCUCAAUCGCGUUUUUCUACGUUUAGAUGCUUAUUUUUAUUUACUAAAAAACUUUCUUUACGGUCAUAGUAUAGUGUUUUUUGAACCGAGUGAGAUGUAACAGUAUAGACGUAGCUAAUAACUAGGUAUAUAAAUGCUCGCGGCCCAUUUACUGGAUUUUGGUACAAAUACUCAAAUGUUACCGUAAGCCUGAUUCUUAUAAAAAAUGGUUCGUAAUUUUGGGCCGAUUAACUUUUCAUACUCUCCUAUACAGCGUGUUUAAAAAUAAUAAAAAUUUUCAUACAUUUUUAAAAAAAAAAACGAUCUCUAUUUUUGUGAAUAGGAAAAUUUACGAAAUUAUUCAAUCUAUAAUCUUUUAAAUUCUAAAAAAUCACUGUUAAAUCAAUAUGUAUAAAACAUAGUAGUAAUUUUUUUUUGUUAGAUAAUAGAAGUUUCCAUAUUUUCAUAUUAUUCGUACGUAAGUUAGUACUAGGGAUUUAUAAAUUUGUACAUAUGUGUACGUUUGAGUGAAGCUUGUAGCGGUGUGAUCCAUACGUACGUUUUUUUUUCUUAUAUCCAUCCAGAGUUCCAUAUUAUAUGAAAUAAGUACAUUAAAUGUUGAAUAAUCCACUGUUUAUAAAGUGGCUAUUUUCUGUUAAUUAUAUUCCAUUUAACGCAUUCAUUUAAUAAAGAAAUCUUCUAAAUUGUACCGAACGAUAUAAGCAAUGUUAUAAUACAAAAUAAAACUCUUGAAUAAUUAACAAAAAUCUUAUAUGUUAUUAAAUUAUUCAAAGUUUCGUGAGACAUUAUACUAAACUGAUAUAAAAACGGCUAAACACUGACUUAUAUUUGUCCGGUGGCGGCACCGACUAGUUUCGAGCCCUUCAUCAGGAUGAGUGGUACUGGUAUUAUUUCGCGAACGCGGGCCGUUUUUAUAUCAGUUUGUCUUAUAUGUUGUUGAAAUAUAAACGUACAAUUUAGUUGCUCAUUUUUUUUUCUUUUAUUAACAUGUAAUUUCAUUGAAAAUAAUUAUUUUAAUAAAACAUGUCUAUAAUUUUAU